CAACAUGGAGGAGCGCAGGCGCUGCGGGAGAGCGAUGUUAGGAGCGUGAGGCGAGCAGCGCGCGGGGGAGGCUCCGAGGGACAGAGAGAAAGAACCGGAGAGGAAGAGGAGGAGAGCGGGGGGACGCCAGCGGGACCGCGAGCGGCGGCCAUGCGCCGGAUGAGAGUGAUACCCCUGUGUUGAAGACUCAGUCAGUCUCUGUUCCAAUUAGAGAGCCGAUCUGCUCUGAGAGCCUUUAGCCACCGCCAUGAGCCUCAUCCAGGACAAACUCGGCAACGAGUUCCUGCGCUCCAGCGGAGGAAUGGAUCCUGGCUUCGGCCCAGGCAUGCUCAUGUUCAGCCACCUGCCCCCGGUGACCAGCUUCACCCGCCUGACCAGCCAGGCAGUCAUGGCCGACCUUCAGCCACACGAGAUGAUCCUGAAGAAGGAGAGGGACUCACCGGACUGUGGAGGAGGACGAGGAGGGGGAGGGGGCUUGGGUGGAGGAGGGCUGGGUGGUGGUGGAGGCAUGAUGGGAGGUGUAGGUGACUAUGUGCAUGCCAUGGGCAUUAAGCAGGAGAAAGUGUCGGAGCAUGACUACAGAUUACCUCUGUACCCUGGGGGUGGGACUGGAGCUGGAGGGCGGAGUUCAGGAGAGCUGCUGGAGAUGUCGCUGGGCAGCCAUCAGAACCUGCUGGUGCACGACCUCAGUCUAGGAAAUCUGUCGGGGAGGCUGGGAAAGGAUUCCUCUGGGAGGAAAGGUCGAAGGUCAAAUGGUGACGGACAGGAGGCCAAGUCACGGAGGAAACGAGCAGAGUCUAAGUCUAUGAUGCUGGAUCCAGACGGAGGGAGCCUGUCUCCCAGCUCCAAACCGCACAUCUGUGAGCACUGCAGCGCAGCCUUCCGCAGCUCCUACCACCUCCGCAGACAUGUACUCAUACACACAGGUGAAAGGCCUUUCAGGUGUAAUCAGUGUAACAUGAGCUUCAUUCAGAAAUACCUCCUACAGAGACACGAGAAGAUCCACAGUGGAGAGAAGCCUUUUAGCUGUGAUCAGUGCAACAUGCGCUUCAUUCAGAAGUACCACAUGGAGAGACACAAAAGAACUCACAGUGGAGAAAAGCCAUACAAGUGUGAUACCUGCCAACAGUAUUUUUCCAGGACGGAUCGGUUGUUGAAGCACAAGCGUACGUGCGGAGAUCCCAUCAAGAAGGGCCUGGAUGGUGGGGAACUGGAGCUGGGCACUGAGGCCGACGGGGGGCACGGCAGCUACGGAAUCACUCAGGGAAACACGGCCACCCCCGGCCGGAAACGGGGCAAGUCCAAAAAUGCUGGCGAGGGGGGUAAACGCAAGAGGGCAACGGGGUCUUUGGGGCCCUCACAUAGUCAGGGGAUGGAGGGGUACAAUCUACAUGACUUCAGCACUGUGGAGAACCAUGGCGGGGUGUCAUUAUCGUCGUCUUCAGCAGCAGGAGCAACCCAGCCUGGGCCCAGCAUGCAUGGGGAACAUGGCCGGGCACCUAAAAUGGCCUUCAAGAAGGGGAAUAGGAAGGGCUUGGAGAAAAAUGGUAAUGCCCCAGGUCAGCCCAAGCCUGGUAACAUGGAGCUGGACAGCAUGGGCCUUCUCCAGGUUCCAGGGCCCAAAGCAGGGCCUACCAGCAGCAGCAACUAUGAUGAUGCCAUGCAGUUCCUGAAGAAGCGACGGUACCUGCACGCAGCCAAUAAUGGAGUGGGAGGGGCAGGAGGUGGAGCCUCUGAGUAUGAUGUGAGUGUAACCCACCUUCAGCCCCAGCCAACUGUCAUUCAAGGUGUUGUCUCUGGGGUGAUGGAUGGUGAUGCCUCCUUGGGGCUGCUCGACUCCUCCCCUUUGGCUGACAUCAAGCAGGACAAGUCCGGCAUCCCGGAUGAAGUUCUGCAAAGCUUGCUGGACCACUAUGCCCACAAGCCUGACGUGACUUUUGAUCUGUCUGACCCUCAUCCUGUGGAGCUCCAGGCAGGGUCUGCAGAUGGCCAGGACCCUCUGGGCCAUGACGAAGACCCUGCGAGUCCUGGGGGUGGAGACAAAACAGCCAUCAUGCAUGAGUAUUCUCGCUUCCUUUUGCAGGCACUCGAAAGGACCAGCCAUAGUAGCGGCUUCUCUUUAGGCCCAGUUCUGGGGCCUUCCUCCAGCACUGCUGGACCUUUUUCUGGUCCUGCAGCGCUCCUUUCAGACAAGCACGUGUACACCACUUCGCCUCUGGAGUACUCCUUCGGGCAGCCUGUUUCGUCCUCCUCCUCUCCUUCCCUCACCUCCUCUGUGCCAAAGUCCCACUUUGGGCUGUUAGGAGGUUCCUCGCCUUCACAGGGUUUCCACCUGUCUGGCCUGGAGCCCUCAACCCACUCCCAGUCCCAGCAGCAGCUUACGCCGUCCCAGGAGCUCACAGAGCAGCUGGAGAAGCAGCAUGUCUCCCCACCUCCGCCGCCACAGACUGCUAAUGCCAAUGCCUACCAGAUCCAACCGCCGCCUACAGACCUCGGGGCCCAGAAAGAGCCCCAGGGUCCCAAAAAUGGAGCCACCACCACCGCUGGUGGUUUUCCUUUAGUCGCAACUGCUGCUUCCCAGGAUACCUUGGCCAGUCUGGACCCUGCCAAGGGCUCCUACCAGAUCGAGAACUUUGCGCAGGCGUUCGGGGCGCAGUUCAAAGGCGGGCGGCGGCCACUGGGUUUCGGCACUGAUCCGGGGGGAGAGGUGGAGCACCGUAUCCAGACGCCUGUCUCCGAAUUCUCAGGGUAUAGCAGCCUCUUGGCUGACGUGAGCAACCCAGUCAGCGCAGGCCCCAAAACCCCACCAAGCCAAAGCUACAACUGA